AUGCAAUUGAUCUCCUCAUCCAGAAUAAUCGACUCGCCGUCGAAAUCCUCCCGUCCGUCGUCUCCAAUCUGCCCGGAAACAUCCGAUUCGAUCUCCCCUGGGCUCCGGCAAGAUUUCCGGUAUGUUCCCAACCUGCCCCGCAGCUUCUCAUUAAAAACGGGCUUUUCAGUGUACUGCAGUAGAAAGCCCGACCUUGGUGGGGAACAAUUUGGGGUAGGCCAUGGAGAGAAUGGCGGCAGCCUCGUUAUAGGUCUGGUUAAGCCGUUUUCUGGGUGUGCGUUGCUGGAUUCGGACAGGGUUGAGGAUGAAUUUGAUAUCCAAGAGGUUGAAGAUGGUGACUUGAUCAUGUCAAACUCGAGCAAUUCGAGUUUGUAUGCAGCUGCCCUGCCACUGCUUAGACAAGAAGUGGACAUUGUUUUUGUUGUGCAGAGGAAGAUUUCAGUGAGUGGAGUCAAAGAGGCAGAGAAUAAGAAAAUGGAGGGGCGAAAGCGAGAGACAAAGCCUGUUGGGAACAGUGUGUCACGGGAACCAAAAGGGAAUAUGCGUUUGAUAUACCUUCCAAAUGCAACGCAGUCAUGA